GCGAAGAGUUGUAUUUAUAACGACAAAUAUUCUAAACUGUAAUUACUAUGUUUGGUUCAUAGUUUGUAUACAAUAUUCUAUAUUAGUAAUGAUAUAUAUUUCCCAUUUUAAUGUCUAUUAAAAGUGAAACAAACGUUCGUUCUCCUGAAUAAAGUAGUAAAACUAAUUUUGUCUCGCAGCAUUUGUUACAGAAUCAAUAUAAACAUAUGAGUAAUAUCUGUAUGCAUAGUUUCGAUUUUGAACUUGGAAGGGUUUGAGAAACAGAGAUUGGUGAUCCAACUACGAUGCUGCAAUUUGCUGAUCCUGUGAAGCUCAAGACCAAAAGGAUAGUUUUUGAGGAUAUAUACAUUGCUCGUGACCCUGGCACACUCGAACAACUGAAAGAGUUGAGCUCCACACGUAGAGUGAUAGAGGAAUCUAUUAAUGAUGUAAGCCUUAUUACAGAGGCUGUGGCAAGGGAAAUGUCUGGAGGGUUGAGUUCACAGUGUGAACAGGACAUUCAAAAGUUAGAGAAAUACUUGCCACUAUUGGAAAACUUGGUUCACCAGAGUAAGAAUAUUAACAGUAAUCAGUUGGUUCAGUGGACUUCAAACCUAAACAUACGAUGGACUAGUGCUCUUACUUCUUCAUCUUUAUUCGGUUGUAAGAGUCAAAAGUUCUUUCGAUUGGAUAAUCUAAUGUAUGAGCUCACUAUGAUGCGUUUCCUCUAUGGUGCUCUGCUACGCGAAUUGGCUAAUGAAGUUCUGUCUGAAGAUUUGGUGCAAUCUGCCGCACUGUUUAGAAAAGCUGCCGGGGUUUAUGAUUCUUUGGCCAUUGAGUUUCUUCCCCAUUAUCAGCACGUAUUGCCUGCAGAAAGGCCUCCUGAAGCAACGUUGAAUGUGUGUUCUGUCAUGAGCCUUAUCUGUUUAGCUGAGGCCCAGGCUGUAACUAUAAGAAAGGCUGAAGCAAAAGGAAUUGCAGGAAGUCUUUUGUCAAAGCUGCACUAUGGCAUUGUACAGAUGCUCGAUGAAGCCUCAAGUAUUUUGCAUUCUGCAAACAAGGACAAGAAAGAUAUAUCAACCGGCUUUCUUGAAUUCGUGUCAGCUUGCAAAACUGUACAUGAACUUAGAAGUUACAAGUACCUUGCAGAAAAUCUUGAAACCAAUUCUCAGAUUGGUUAUGCACUCGGAGUUCUCCAACAUGUUCAAAUUACGACACAGAAGAUGAAGCUGCCGAGUAAGGAGUCAUGGCGAUCAGCUCUUAAGCAAGAGAUUGAUAGUGUGACAAUUUUGAUUGGUAAAUACGAAUACGAAAACAGUUUUGUCUGGAACUAUAAGAUUCCUCCUAAGCAUGAGUUGCCUUGUCCUGAAGGUAAAAAAAUUGUAAAUGUUAUACCUUAUCAACCUCAGAGACGGGAGCUGCCAAUUUCGUUCAAGUUGUAAAUGUUAGAUAAAAGUAGCUGUUCUAGUUUUACAAAUACAAGUCGGAAGGCUCACUUCUUUCACCUCCACAAAACAUUUCUUAUUUUAUC